AUGGACGAUCUUGAUGCCAUCACACCCUGCCCGCCACGUGAGACACAGCAGCAGCCUGUUCAAAAGCCCCGGCCAGGUUUUGAGAUGCUUCAGCCGUUCUCGAACUCCACCACAUCAGAUUCCGCGCGGACAUCUCGCUCAGCUUCCCCAGCCGUAGAGGACGAAGCCACCACUCCGUACAACAACACCUCGUCAUCGACAACCACAGACGCGGAGAAUGCCGCAGAAAGCGACGAGUGCAGAUACAAGAGGCGAAGACGGUCUGUCGAGGUCCUCGAGCACGGUACUGAUGGCGAUCCGGCUCGGCUCUGGGAGCGCAUGCUUGCCCUGCAGCAGGCCUAUGGUUGCUACAAGUCUGCCCGCAUGAGCGCUGCCCUGAGCUCUGGCGAUGCAAGCCUCUUGUUACCUUCGAAAGCUUGUCUCGACUUGAUGAAUGAGCACAUGUCUGCGCUGCCGGAUGAUGUUGACUUGGCCCUCGAGCAACGCUGGCAAGCCAACGCCUAG